GCGUCGCCGCCGCGCACGCCGGCCACGCCUCCCUCCGACGACACUUUCAGUUCGGGUGCGGAGGAGAUGGCCGGGCGUCAGGCGAGCGGCAGCGGCGCCAGCGAGCCGCCGAGCUCGCCUCGCGUCUCCCCCCCUAAAGUGGUCGUCGACGACAGCCCCCUCCAGCCAGCCAUGGGGAAGCACAAGGAAUCAUUGAAAGUUAAGCUGUUGACGCGGCGUCCCAUCACGCAGCUCGUGGCCCAAGGGAUAAUGCCGCCGUUAAAGACGCCUCCGGCGUACUUCGAGCAAUGCAAACAAUUGGAAAGAGCGAAGACGGGAGAUUUGCUGAAAGCAAAAAUACAACGACGGCCCGACCGUCAGGAAUUAGAGCGAAGACACAUAUUAGAACAGGAGAGCCAUGUGGACCCGAGUCUCGCCGAGAAGCAGCGCAUGCUCAAAAAGGCGCGGCUCGCAGACCAACUCAACGACCAGCUGUCGCACCGGCCCGGGCCGCUCGAGCUGAUCAAGAAGAACAUACUGCACACCGAGGAGAACAUAGAGACGGCCGUCAAAAGCGGAACGCUCUCGUUCAAAGCCACCAGCGAGGGCGCCUCGGGCCGGCCGCAGCACCCGUCGUCGUACUGCGGGCCGCCCGACGACGCCUCGCCCUCGCCCUCGCCGCCCUCCACGCUGUCGCCCGCCAGCGUCGCCUCCCCGCCGCAGCACCCCGCGCCCGGCAAGGACAAGAACCGCAAGAAGAGCAAGCAGAAGCAGCAGCCCAAGGCGCGCUUCAAGUUCCACGAGUACAAGGGGCCCCCGAGCGCGCAGAAGGCGUCCUCGCCGCCCGGCUCCGUCGAGACGCCCUACGAGCUGCUCCUGCAGCAGCAGCAGCUGCUCCUGCAGCUCAUGCCCGCGUCGCCCGCGCCCUCCUCCGCCGCCUCCGUGGCCUCCGACUGCUCCGACUACUGCGCGCCGCCGCCGCCGCCGCCGCCGCCCGCGCCCGCCCUGCCGCUCGCCGUCGCCGCGCGCUUCGAGGACAUGAAGGUGUCCGACCUGCGCGCCGAGUGCAAGCGCCGCAACCUGCGCGUGUCCGGGCCCAAGCCGCAGCUCAUCGACCGCCUGCGGCCCUACCUCGUCGAGAAGCAAGAGCCGCCGGAGCCGCCGCGCUCGCCCGCCUCCGCGGCGUCGCUGGCCUCGCCCGUCGGCCUCGACGAGCCCGAGGACAUCGUGCGGUCGCAGCGCCGCCACAUCGAGGAGCUGGAGCGCAAGCUGGAGGCGUCGCGCCAGCAGCUGGAGGCGGUGCGGCGCGACGCGGCGGGCGCGGCCGCCAGCGACCAGAGCCGCCGCCUGCUGCAGGCGCACAUCUGCGUGUCCCAGCUGCGCGCGCAGCUCGACGCGCUCACGCAGCCCGCGCCCGCGCCCGCGCCGCGCCUCGUGCUCGACGCGCCCGAGCGCCUCGUGCGCGUGUUCGCCGUCGCGCCGCCCGCCGCCGACGCGCCCGACGCCGCGCCGCAGAAGGCGAGCCCCUCGCCCGCCUACAUCCUCAACGGCGUCAAGGUGGUGCCCAUCGCGAUCCUGCCCUCGCCGCACUACGAGCCGGAGCGCCUCGCCGCGCCGCCGCCGCCGCCGCCGCCGCCCCCGCCGCCGCCGCCGAUGCCGCAGCUGCCGCUGCCGACGGCGCUGCACGACCGCACCGAGGACAGCCAGAUCAUGGACGACGUUCUCGAGAUCCUCGUCGAGAACGGCGAGCUGCCUCCGUCGGCGGUCGGGAACGGAGUCGCGACCGACGGCAUGGGCGGGUACGGGUCGGCGGCGGACUCGUUCUCGCCGGCCGCCGUGCUGUCGGACGACGUGUUGUGCGACCCGCACGUGCGCCACUCGCUGGCGGCCGACGAGCUGCAGCGCGAGCUGGACGACAUCCAGAACGAGUUCAUGAGCCACGCCGAGAUGCACGGCGUCGUCGACGAGCACUGCGACGUGGACCCGUCGGCGACCGACAUCGACGCCGAGCUCGGCGUCGACCUGCUCUCGAACGGCGACUUCCACGCUGACUUCGGUGGUUCCGACCCGACGACGGACGACCACGACGACUUCUUCGAGAGCCUGCUGUCGGGCGAGAGCGAGCGCGCCUCCGAGCGCUCGCCGCCCACCGGCAUGGACGUGGAGGACGCGCCCGAGCGCAUGGCCAUGACGCCGCUCACCAACGGCGACCUGCUCGACCACUCGCGCACCGGCUUCGAGUACAUGGACGACCUGUCGCUGCCGUCCUUCCAGAACGAGGACGCGCGGCCGGAGCCCUUCGACCCGCGCGGCUGCGACAUCGACCUGAAGGAGUUCGGCAUCGACCCGGCGGCGAGCAUGAGCAUGCACGUGGACGGCGACGGCUACGACUACUGCGGCCGCGACAUGGACGCCGAGCUCAUCCCCAACGUGUUCGGGCGCGGCUACGUGCCGCAGUGCGACCCGCUGCUGGGCGCCGUGCUGGCGCGCCCGCCGCCGCGCCCGCAGCGCAAGCACUACUCCUGGGACCGCAUCGAGUUCGACGCCACCUGACCCGCGCCCGCCGCCCGCCGUCCGCCCGCCGCGUCCGCCGCGCCCGCCGCCCGCAAGCCUCACGACGCCCCCAAGCGUUUCGAUUCCUACAGCCGUUUUCGCUCGUAAGCUCGCCAGGACGUGAAUUUUCCAUCAUAGAGAGCGCCGGCGGUGCGUCGUGGGCGUCGAUGCGAGUGAUCAGUGUCGGCCGCUACCGAGUACCGGCUCGACGUAACGUACGCUAGUCUCCUCAGUGACUCGUUCUUCCAUUGGUGACUCCGAGGCCAAGUCUGGUUGUUGAUGCUGUAUGACACGUAGUGUUGAUGUUAACGCAGGACUAAGUUUAUAUGUUCGGUACUUAAUAGAUGAUAUGAAACGUUUGUGUCGCUAGUUGAUAAAUAGUUUUACGAACGAUCGGUUCACUUAGUGUUAAGCGCACGUAGCCACCGCGUGCGCCGUGACAUACUUGGCUCACAUAUUAUAAAUCCAUUUUAUUUUCUAUUUAUAGGUGUAUCUACUUAUGUAUAUAUUGAAAGUAAAAAUACUCAACAUAGUUGUGGAUUUCUGCAUUCCGCCCGAUGACUAAAACUUAGGGAAAAAUUAUAAUAAGAAAACUUGUUUUGUUGGGGACAUAACGGUCGAUCUACGAGACACCUGGCUAUGUACACACACUACGAUAAUUGUUAAUGUAAGAUUGAUGUUGUGUCAAUUACUAAAAUCCGCUUCGCGCCAUCCGUGUCAUGUGCGAUAGCUAUUUCCCAAAUGAAUAAGUGACAUUCCAGUCUUGUCGAAGUGCGAGAGGCAAGUCCCGGCAGCAGCUUCGCAAGCGUCAUGGGUGGGACCAGCUGGGGAACAAUGUUAGGACUCAUGUAGAUAGGGAGCCGGCUCCUAGCGUUCGAACGAUUAUGCAAAUGGCUCAAACUAACACUUAGAUAAACCCUUCCUUAGCAAAAUUCUCUCGUUAAUUUGUAUUGUAGUGUAACUUAUGCUUUUACGAAAAUUAUUCGCUUUUAUUUAUUAAUAAUAAUUGUUUCGAUUACUUAGAGAAACGUUAUGAAUAUUGUAACACGGAACAUUCUUGAAAAUGUAUCAUUCCAAUGUAUUGUCUAAAGCGUAGAAUAGGUGCAGUUAUCAUAAGUUGAUUCGGAUUUGCCGCUCUCUCUUGGAAAAGUUCGUGUGUUUGCAUAAUUGUUUGAAUGCUUUAUUUAUAAUUAUUUAUUUACACCAUAGAAGUGUACCUACCGUUUCUUUCCGUUGUGUAUUCUUUAAUUCGUGUGAGUGUAGUUCCACUAAUUUAUUGUCGAGUCUGCCAUUUGUCAUUGAGUAAAUAAAAUAUAAUAAAGCGGAAUUCGUGAAUCGAUAACAUAUUGCCAUUAAUUGCAUUUAUAUUUUAAAUACAAAGUUAAUUAUAAUGCUUGUCAGAACAACGAAUGAGGUUUAACUGCCCUUGGUGUGCCGACACUACCCUUAUUAUGAGAGGUGUAAACAGUGCAUCAACACAGUAUCCUUACUAUUUAUUCAUCCAAAUAGAAUAAGUAUUUUUUCCUGGUAUAUAUUUGUGGUUUGAGCAUAAUCAUUUUGUCGGUGGUUAGAUAUGUGAUGGUACUUAAAAAAUAUUUUUGGAGUACAAUCACAUAUGGAAUGGUGCUAUAUUAUUUAAGAUAAUAUUGAAUUUUAGGAAGAAUAUCUUUAACAGAUUAUAUAAUUUUAACUAAAAUCAAUCGUGAAUGUGUGAUUUUUUAAACAAAUUUUAUUUAUUUUGUCAUUUGGAAAUCAAAAUUACCUACGAUAGCAGUCAAAACCAAGUGAUGUUUGUAGCUCUGUAUAAUACUAUUAUUAACUUAUUAACUCUAUACUGGGCAUCACAAUAUGUGUAUGUUUUUGAGCAAUCGAGUAUAUUCCAUUAAGUAAAUUAUUAUCAAACCUAUACUUUAGCUAGAUUUAAUAUUUAUAAAAAUCUAUUUGCUCAUUAUCAAAAUUGUACCUAUCCAUUUAGCCAAAUAUUCUAUUUACGGUGAGACGAUAAUAAUAAGAUAAUAUCGGAGUUACGCCUCGGGACGAUUAAUAAGAGAUGACUUGGUUUGCUUGAUCUUAGCUAAUUAUCGUACUUAUGUAACCUAGCAGGCGAGACACCGCCCCGAGGCUCUCGUGUCUACUGGCCUAGUGUGUUACUAUAGCUUUGUAUUUACAUUUCUUCAAGAGUUUAGUUUAAAUGUAUUUAACGAGAUACUAAGUGAGAUUAAUGUUUGAUAUAGCAUACUUUAUGUCUGCAUAUUUGUUAUUGUUGUAAUUAUUUUAGGAGAGUUUUAAUAUUGUUUUAUAGUGGCCUUUAUUCCGUAUCCGAAGUGAUAGAUUAUGCUGGUUUUGAUACUUAAUUACACUUUUGCUCUCUGCAAUACAUAUUUAUAUUAAUAUAGAAUAACAAACUAGUAUUCGGCUUCUUUAUAACUUUGGUAUUCGUAUUAACCGCACUUAAUAAUUGAGAUUAUUCAUUUGUAUUCACCAUUUUAGAUAUUAUGUAUUUAGCUAAGACUAUCAAUCAUUGUAGUCAGUAAGCAAUAUGGCUUAAAGCCCACAGUGUGUAGGAGAGCCAAGUAUUCAAUACCAUUAUAUUAUUAUGAUGUUGUGAUAACCACAGGAGUCGGAACUAGUGUAAUUGGAUAGUUUUUUACCUUGCCCUGUAAUGAAGCCUUGUAAAUAUUUACCAAGCCUUUACUAGAAUAAGGAACGAAUGUUGAUUAAAAUUUUUGACACAAAA